AUGGCGGGUAAAACAAAAGGAGUUAGUGAAAGUGGCAUGGUUGCAGAUGACGAACACGACAAAGAAGAAUCGCUUGCAAAUGAUCUGGUUGUUACAAAGUAUGCACAGGCAGCCGAUAUUGUGAACGGUGUCUUAAAGGAGGUUAUCGCGGCGGUUAAAGAAGAUGUUGAAGUUGGUUUCCUUUGUGAUUUGGGAGAUCGCCUUAUAUUAGAACGUACUUCGAAAGUUUUUAAAAAGGAAAAAGAAGUACAGAAAGGGAUCGCUAUGCCGACUUGUAUAUCCGUUGAUAAUUGCAUAUGUCACUAUAGUCCAUUACGCAGCGAUCCUCCAGUUGUUCUACGUAAAGGACAGAUGGUUAAAAUUGAUCUCGGUGCGCACAUUGACGGAUAUGUCGCUACAGCGGCACAUACAGUUGUAGUCGGGGCUUCCAACACAGACAAAAUCACUCAGCGUAAAGCUAGUGUCAUUAUGGCUGCAUACAAUGCAAUGGAAGCUACCAUCAGGAUGUUGAGGCCAGAGUUGUAUAAAAACAUGGAAGUUACGGAAAUGAUUGACCGAAUCGCUACAUUUUACAAGCCAAUUGAAAAUAUGUUGUCACAUCAGUUGUCCAGAAAUAAAAUUGAUGGAGAAAAGCAAAUUAUACAAAAUCCCGGCGAGAAGCAGCGUUCAGAAAUGACCAAAUGUAGUUUUGAAACGUAUGAAGCAUAUGCCAUCGAUAUUUUAAUGAGCACGGGGGAAGGUCACGUGAAGCCUGUUGACACAAGAACAACUGUGUAUAAAAGGACUGAUGAUAUUAUUUAUUCGUUAAAGAUCAAGGCCUCUAGAACCUUUUUUUCGAAUGCGGUUUCGAGGUUUGGUUCUAUGCCUUUUACGUUGAGAGCAUUUGAGGAAGAGAAAAAUGCGAAGAUGGGUGUUGUUGAAUGUGAACGUCACGGCUUGUUACAACCUUACCAGGUUUUGUAUGAAAAAGAUGGCGAAUUUGUCGCUCAGUUUAAGUCAACAGUUUUGAUAUUACCUGGUGGUCUCCUGAAAAUCACAGGAUUACCUUUGGAUUCUAGCUUAAUUUCAUGUGAUGAAAAGAUUACUGAUUCUUCCGUAAGUCCGGAUGUCCGGAUUUUUCCUUUUUUUUUGUACUGA